AUGGCCUCUUCUCUGCUCCCCGUCUUGAUCUGCAUGGUGGCGCUAGUAGCGGGCGCCGCGCGCGGCGCGACGGACCCGGUAGCGCCGGCACCGGCGCCAGAGGUGGUCAGUUUGACGGGGAUCCUGGAGAAGGGGAGCCAGUACACGACGCUGCUCCGUCUGCUGAAGGAGACCCAGAUCGGGAAACAGCUCGAGAGCCAGCUGAACAACUCCUACGACGGGUUCACCGUUUUCGCCCCCACCGACAACGCCUUCAAUGGCCUCAAGGCGGGGACGCUCAACAAACUGACGGAGCAGGAGCAGGUGGCGCUGGUGCUCUACCACGUCCUACCACGGUACUACACCUUCGACAUCUUCCAGACCGCCAGCAACCCCAUCAGCACGCAGGCUACCGGCAACAACGGCGUCUUCACGCUCAACAUCACGUCCACCGGGCCGCAGCAGGCGAACAUCUCCACCGGAGUCAACACGACCCCAAUCAACAACGCCCUCUACAAGAUCUUCCCUCUCGCUGUGUACUCCAUCGAGUCCGUUCUGCUACCGUCCGACCUCUUCGGCGUAAGGCGCACGAUGCACCCGUCGCCCCCUCCGCCGCCGACCAAGGCCGCCAGCGCGCCGUCCAACUCCUCCGCCGAUGGCGCGGAGGUCGCGCCGGAGAAGAGCCCCGCCGCCGCCCUGCGGGCGCCCACCACCGCAUUGGGGGGAAUCAUAAUGGCGGCCGCUCUCCUCUUCACCACGGGCUUCCUGUUGUGA